AUGACGGUGGCCUUUGCGGUCUCUGUUGACGAUCAUGGCGGGUUUUUCUGUUUUCGCCCCAUUGGCGAUGGACUCUACAGUCAACAAGGUGGCAUCUCCGGCAUUUCGGAGAUGAUCUGGUUAUCCACACUAUCCCCUCCCCCCGUGCCCGAUGUACGUGGGUCCGUUCGCUCGUUGGUUGGCUCCGUCCCCUCCACCAUCGUUGACCUUGUGUUAGCAUUGGAUCGAUCGAUUGCUGUCGCUCUUUCGAUGCCUUCUCGGCCUCACGAGCGCUUCCGUGAGAAAGGGUGCCAGGCCGGUCAUGUGACUCCCGAUCGUUGCCACCUCCUUCCCUUGCGGGUGUCGGCCGCUGGUCCUGGGAGGCGCGGUCAGCGUGUGGCCAAGCUGAGCGACCCACAGACAGAUGGUGAGUACGGAAAAAGAGUUGUCUUUCAAGACACCCGCGGCAUGCACAGAUCGGACCGACGCGAACCCGGCAAAAUGGGAUCCACUCCUCCCAACUCGGAUUGUUCUGACUGCAGGCGUAUUCCGAGUCGGCGAAGAGUAGAGGCUAUCUGCACGCUCAAUAUGCCAGCUGCUGUCAGGGCCUCUGUCGAGGCCCAGGGCAGAGCUGGACAGAUGACCUCUGUUAGCGGUCACGUACUUGUACUUGUUACGGCUGCGCUUAUGCCUGAUCUAGCCGGGCUCAAUGAUGUCAAGGACGGUAACCCUCCAUGCGUGACGAUUUGCGGCAGCGGAGCUAGAGAGCUCCACCCAGUCUCUUCCCCAGCGACGCAGACGCAAGACAGAAGGUUCGAAAACUGCUUCCAUGUCUUGACGGACGGUGCCGAGCCAGGUCUUUAG